ACUGUUUCUUCUUUCCCUUCUCUUUUUCUCCAUCCCCCGCUCCCUCGCUUGUUCAUGGCGAAGCACUAAACCCCUCUCUCUCUCUCUCUCUCUCUCUCUAAGCAGGGGAUGAGCUCGCUAGUGAGAAGAACCCUCAUCUUCCCCGAAACUAGGGUUUCCUCUCCCAAGAGUCCCCAGUGCUCAAUCGCUUCUUGCUCCCCUCCGAUCUCUCCUCGCCAGAAGAUCCUAAGCGAUCACGAGCUCCACCCUCCCCCCAAGAAGAAGCAGAAGCACUGGGCACCUUGCGUUUCAGAUAAGCCGUUCCCUUGUUCCCCCUCAAGGUCUCAUUCUCACGAGGUUUUGGAUGAGGGGCAUGUCGAUGGAGCCCGAAGGAAGAGGACGAAGAUCCGCCUAUUCCAAAAUCGCUUCUUCAAGGGAGACGUCGUCUGGGCGAAGGCUUUUCCGUACACGUGGUGGCCCGGGUGGGUUGGUAGAAUCGAGGGUUCCUUCGCUUGGGUUUCGUUCUACGGCUGCAAGAAGUCGCGGCGGUUUAGGGUUUCGGAAAUCUGCGGGUUUGAGGAGGGUUACGAUCGGAUGUCGAAGAUGGGGGGUGUGAAAUUGGCUGAUGAGAUUAAUCUUGCUUUGGAGGAUUUAAGCCGGAGGACGGUGAUCGCACUGACGAGUUGUUGCUGGGUUUCGCCGGUCGAAUCGAGCGGGGUUUCGGCCGAUCAUAUUUCCGGAGUGAGGGAGAGAUUCGAUUCGAGGGAAGUGUUGCGCUUCGUUAAUGAUUUGGGGGUUUCCGCAUGCGUUGCAGACAAAGAAACUGCUAGGGUAGUUAGAUUUUCUGCCCAGGUUUAUGCAUAUAGAUCGUAUGCUUCAACGUGUCGACGUAGUGCAGUAGCUGGUGACUUUAGUGUGGCCGAUAUGUUAGAAUUUGCUCGUGAUUUCGCCGUUUUGCUGUUCAUCGAUGGUGUCGAUGAUUCUGUUGUUUCGGCAGAAUUGGAUCGGUUCAAUGAGUUUAGACGGUUCGUCUCAGUUUUCCCUAGAUGGAUGUAUCAGCAAAGAGUGGAACUUGAGGAGGCCUUCCCCUUUGAUGAGUCUGUAGGUAAAGAGGACUUGUCCGAUUUAUCAUCGGAGAGUGAGACGGUGUAUGGAGGAAUUGUAGAACCUGAAGACGAGCUUGAUGAUAACAUACUAGAUUUAGAAUUUGAGAUAACUCAACAGCAAGAGCUAGAGGUCCUAGAGGGCCCAGAGGUAUGCAUGCUAAACCGGGCAGAUUACGCAUUCCUUGAUAUGGAUGAAGAAUAUGAGUCUCUUCCAAACUGUCUAGAAGUAGCAGUUGAACAGAGCAAUUCAACAUGGAAAGAUAUCUCUGUGGAUCAAACUUUUGAGUUGGAAACGUCAUUCACUAGAAUGCCGUUAAGGGAAGUAGAUUUUGGUACUACAUGCAACAAAAACAUUCCGUCUGCUGAUGAUGGAUCUGUUUUUCAUGCACAUGAACAAGCUUCGGUACAUCUAUCAUGUUAUAAAGAUGAUAACUUGCCAGAAAAUGUAGAAGAUAUCAUAAACUCUUCUGAUAUUCCUCUUUCAAGAAUUGUUGCUUAUGAUAGCAUUUCACUUAGCAACUUAGGAAGUGAGAAGGGGGAAGAAAAGGAUGAUAUUGCUAUGAAUAUUAAGCAUGGGAAUGAUGAUUCUUCUGCAGAGCAGAGAUUUUCUGUAGACUUCCCUACAGACGAAACACAGUAUUCAGACAAAGAAAUUAAGUUUGCUGGAGCUCAAUCUAGUUCUGAUGUUUGUUGUGUUGUGCAGGACGGUGUUCCAAGAGGCGUCAUAGAUAAUAGUUCCACCUUAGCUUCUCCAACAAAAGCGCUUUCGCCAAAUUCCAUUGAGCGAAGGAGGGAUAAUCUCAUCAACAAUUUUUUUAAGUUGCACAAGUCCCUAGUCCCCUAUUCUGAAGCUCUGUCAUAUGCUAAAGUGUUUGUGGAAUAUGUAACCUCCACUGGUUAUGAUACUCGAUCUUAUGAUGGAUCCAUCACUGGAAAUAAUACCAAUGAAAAGAGGGCUGUUUUGGCAGCUGGUAGUGAGCAUUGUAGUCCGUCUGGUGCGAACAAAGGUGAUAAAAGAAAUGGUUUUUGCAGCUUGACUCUACCAAAUUGUGCAUCUAGUUAUAAGAUUCGCCGGAAGAAGAAGCAUGACAAACUUAUUUCUUCUGGUUCAUCGAAGUGGACUAGAUUUUAUUCAUCUCCCAUGAUGAGGGAAAGAUCCAACCCAACAAGCAGGACCAAAAAGUCUUCUUCAAUCAGUAGACUUCCCACUUCCCCUAAAUCACUGCAUAUGAAAUUCCCGAAAGAUUUUAAAAUGCCUUCGAAAGAAGAGCUUGAGAAAAGAUUCAGAGUGUUUGGACGAUUAGACCGCUCAAGAACUAAGCUCUUCUUCUACACUGGUGCUGCUCAGGUGGUUUUCCUCCGCAAUACUGAUGCUGAUGCUGCUUAUAGAUAUGUGAAACAGAAGAGCAUAUUUGAUUGUGCUAAUGUCCGAUUUUGGUUUGAUGAGCAUGAGAAAUUUAGGAUGAGGCCAAGUUCGAAUGACCAUGUAAUUCCAGAGAAGGAAGUGCUUUCAUCUCUAAAUCAUACCCCGUCUCAUGAAUGCAUUGACGUAGUUCAGAAAGAGGAUAAUAGGAAGAUAUUAUGCAGAGGUGACAGUCACAAGUCAACAUCGCCUAACGUGGGACAUUCACCUUCAAAUCUUAAAUCGUGCCUUAAAAUCCCUGACACACGUGAUGGGGAUAAUAGUAAGAAAGCUUGCAAAGUGAGAUUCAAAAUUGAAACUUCAAUUGGUUGCUCAUGAGCAUGAGUAAGAAAAACUCCUCUUUUGACUCAUAUGUAGAGCUGUAUAUAAUUUUGUCUUUAACUUCUUGACAAAGCGAAGUGGGCUCUAUGGUUUAGGAGGUACAAAACUCGUUGUAUAGAUAUUGUUCUUUUUGCUAUCAUAGGUGAACGAUGGAUACGACAAAGGGAUACAAAUAGGUACCUUUAAUUUGGAAUGGUGAAAUUUCUAUUAUCUAUCUUCUGUUGUAAUCAUCCAGUUACUGAAGUUUGGCCCUGUAUUCCACUUCGAGGAAACAUAUAUACAAUAGCCUGUAUAUUUUUCUGUUCUCUCA